AUGGCUGCCAGUUAUCCGCAGUUCGUUCUGCUGGGAGAUUCACUCUUCGAACAUGCUAUACCAAUAACCCAGGGCUUCUCGCUCCAGGCAAAACUUGGUGGUUUGUGCGCCAGAAGAAUCGAUGUCAUAAAUAGAGGAUUUUCUGGUUGGUCGUCCAGACAUCUUGUGCAGAACCUGGACCAAAUCUUUCCAGCACCUGUUAUCGGUGCACCCAAAAUAAAAUACCUGGCCAUCCUUAUCGGUGCCAACGAUGCUGUGUUACCAUGGUCUCCCACCAAACAGCAUGUUCCAUUGGAAGAGUACAAGGAGAACCUGGGCAAGAUCAUCAAUCACCCCAGCAUCAAGGCCCAGCAGCCAAAGAUUUUCCUGAUCACCCCCCCUCCCAUUGACCAAAUCAAGCACCAUCGGCUAGACACCGAGGCUGGUCUCAAGUCGGCCUUGAGGGAGUCUGCUAUCAGUGCCUCAUACUCUGAGAAGGCCCGCGAGGUAGCUCGGGAGAACCCGAAUGUCGAACUGGUUGACCUAUGGCAAGCUAUUAUGGACAGAGCUAUUUCGCAGGCACCAAACGAUUACCAGCCCGGUGGUCCCUUACUUGGCACGUUAGAGAAUGGGAAGCCGGGUGGGUUGGAUACCCUUCUCCCAGAUGGGCUUCACCUGGGCGGCGAGGCUUAUGAAAUUCUCUAUGAUUUGCUGCGGCCAUACAUUGAGGCGGAUUUGGAAGAGAAGCCCGUUUUUCCCCUCUGGCGGGAACUGACCGGUUCUGAGAUCUGA